AUGAAUAAACUUCCAACUGAAAUGAUAUUUAGAAUAUUUGAUUUAUUAGAUAAUAAAUCUAUGUUAUAUUUUGCAUUAACAUGUAAAUUUUAUAAAAGAAAAUUUGAUGAAUAUAUUUUUCCUCAAGUUAAACGUAAUGUAUGGGUACGAAAUUCAGUUAAUUACAGUAUCUAUCCACAAGAGUUAACAGCAACAAGAAUUUAUUUACCAAAAACUAAAAAAGGAAAACGAUCAUAUGUUGAAUUUUCUAAUGACCAAUUACCAUGUGAUAGAUGUAUUAUAAAAAAGAGACGUGGAUGGUGUGAUUUUAAGAAACGAUGUGAACAUUGUAUAUUAGAUGAAGUUAAAUGUAUAUGUACUAGUAAAAGUGUUCGAAAACCUUUAAGUAGAGAUAGAAAAGGAAAUUAUUAUUGUGUUUCACCUUAUAAUAAAGGAGAAAAAUUAAUAUCAGUACGUAAAUGGGAAGUUGGAACAAGACGAUGUGAUAAAUGUAAUUUUUAUAAAAAAUGUGGUCAAAUGCCUGUAUUUAGUGGGUGUAAUAUUUCUUCGU